AUGCGCAGCUUCUUCAACCUGGCCGCGGUUGCAGUGCCGGUCUUCUCGGAGCUGCAGUUGCCAUGCUGCUGCGGGGCUUCCUGCGAGGAAGGCAGCUGCAGCUCUGAACACCCUAAAUUCCAGGUGCCAUGUCAGAAGCUGGAGAGGAGAAGCUGUGAAGCACAGGCUGCCUGCACUUGGCAGAGUCCAGAGCCGUGUGAAGACUGUGAUCAACCUCACUGCACUCCCAAUUGUUUGGAGAAGUACCUAGAGUGGACGUUUGCCGCACUGGUGCUGCUUCUCUGUGUGGCUGGAGCUGGAGCUGCAGCUGGAACUGGAGAGAAGAUCGAGGGCCCGGUGAUUGGAAUCGACUUGGGCACCACCUACUCCUGUGUUGGCAUCUACAAAAAUGGCCGGGUGGAAAUCAUUCCCAACGACCAAGGCAAUCGCAUUACGCCCAGUUACGUCGCUUUUUCUGAUGAGGAGCGCCUCAUUGGCGAAGCGGCCAAGCAUCAGGCGACCAUCCGUCCCACACAGACCUUGUUCGAUGUGAAACGUCUGAUUGGUCGACGCUUCAAAGACUCCACCGUGCAGAAGGACAUGAAGCUGUUGCCCUACAAAAUCGUGGAAAGGAACAGUAAACCCAUGAUCAGCGUCCAAGUGAAGGCACAGGAGAAGCUGAUGUCGCCUGAGGAGGUUUCCUCCAUGGUUUUGUCCAAGAUGAAGGAGACAGCUGAGAAUUAUCUUGGCAAAGAGGUGCACCAUGCAGUCGUGACAGUGCCUGCUUACUUCAGUGAUGCCCAACGUCAAUCCACCAAAGAUGCAGGGACCAUUGCAGGUCUGAACGUGGUCCGCAUCCUGAAUGAGCCCACGGCUGCAGCCAUCGCGUAUGGCUUAGAUAAGAAGACGGAUCAGAACAUCUUGGUCUAUGACUUGGGUGGUGGCACCUUUGAUGUCUCCUUGUUGACCAUCGACAACGGUGUUUUUGAGGUUCUGGCCACUAAUGGCGACACACACUUGGGAGGAGAAGAUUUCGAUCAGCGCGUGAUGCAGCACUUCAUGAAGAUCUUCCAGAAGAAGCACGGCAAAGAUAUGUCCAAGGACAAAAGUGCCAUUCAGAAGCUCCGUCGUGAGGUGGAGAAGGCCAAGCGUGCCUUGAGUAGCAGCCAUGAAGCGAGGUUGGAAAUCGAAGCGCUUUAUGAUGGUGUGGACUUUUCGGAAACACUGAGCCGUGCACGUUUCGAGGAGUUGAACGCCGACCUCUUCAAGAACACAUUGGGUCCAGUGAAAGCCGUGUUGGCUGAUGCAGGGUUGAAGAAGCACGAGGUGGAUGAGAUUGUGCUGGUGGGUGGCUCCACAAGAAUUCCAAAGGUUCAGAAGUUGUUGAAGGAGUUCUUCAAUGGCAAGGAGCCCAAUCGAGGCAUCAACCCUGAUGAGGCUGUGGCCUACGGUGCUGCAGUGCAGGCAGGGAUUCUGAGUGGGGAAGAAGAUGCCAACGGGGUUUUGAUUUUGGAGGUGACGCCUUUGACCCUGGGCAUUGAGACAGUGGGAGGUGUGAUGACGAAACUCAUCAGCCGCAACACCGUGAUUCCCACGCAGAAGUCCCAGAUCUUCUCCACCACCCGUGACAACCAGCCAGCUGUGAACAUCCAGGUGUUUGAAGGGGAACGUCCGUUGACCAAGGACAAUCACUUGCUUGGAAAGUUUGACCUGACAAUUCCUCCUGCCCCUCGUGGUCAGCCACAGAUAGAGGUCACCUUUGAGGUGGACAGCAAUGGUAUUUUGAAUGUGGCCGCAGAAGACAAGGCGACGGGCAACAGUGAGAAGAUUACCAUCACCAACGACCAGGGCCGCUUGACCGAGCAGGAGAUUGAACAGAUGCUCCGUGAAGCGGAGGAAUUUGCGGAUGAGGACAAGAAAGUGAAGGAACGGGUGGAUGCAAAGAACGCCUUGACCGGAUACGUCCAUUCUAUGCGAUCCUCCACUGAUUCAGGUCUGGGUGACAAGAUGCAGGUAGAUGAGAAACAAAGGAUUUUGGAAGUCCUGCAGGAGGCGGAAAACUGGUUGGAUUCCAACCCAGAAGCUGAUUCCCAGGAAAUCCAAGAGAAGCAAAGAGAGGUGGAAGGAACCUGUGCUCCUAUUGUCUCCAAAUACUAUGGAGCAGGUGCUGAUGGUUUUGCUGGCUUCCGACACAACUCUGCAGCCAUCUUCCACAUGAUCAAAGGGGAUGCCAUUGAGACCUUCAACGAGAAAGAGAAGGAGCUUCAAGAAUCCGGAGGCGCCAAAGUUUAUCGAGAACGAAUGCGACACCGCCAAGGGGUAGACCAAGCCACUGAUGCCAUGUUGUGGAUCAGCGAUGCAUCCAUGAAGGUAUUAAAUUGUUGGGCCAAUGAUGGACGUUUCUGGUACGUUCACGUGUGGCAUCCUGGCCUGGGAGUUCGGGCCAGCACCAUGUGUGUGCCCAAUUGCUGCAACCAGGAAGAGGUAGCAUUCGACCUCGCUGCGCCCUACUUCAACAGCAUCGCAAAAAGCACCACGCAAAAGAUGGCGAAUGUCACUGCAAAGGAGGUCUCGCACUGGGCAGACUUGCCGGUUGAGUUCGUCCUCAUCGGUCUCGAUGGCUGUGGCACAACCUCCCUGCGACGGAAUCUGGCAAAGCAUCCAGAUCUCAACUUUACAAACCUGGUAGUCUUCGGUCAGGACGAGGAUUACUUUUUCAUCGAAAUGGCGCGACAAACGCUGCCCUUCGUGAAACAGGUAGAGCUUUUGGUGAAGCAUCGAGCGCAGAUGCGCAGCCCCAAAGUGGGCGUUUACAAUCCUUUGAUGUGGAAGGAGGAGCUUCUAGAGCAUUUACUGGCGAACAUUCCCAAUCUUCGUGUGGUGGUUGCUGUUUGUGAUCCGAUGGAUCGUUUCGAGCGCAAACUGGAUUUGGAAAUGGCUCGUAUGAGCACUGGUGGCACUGGUGACAUUGAGAACCAGCUGCAGCAAUUUGUCCACGACAACCUCAGGUCUAUCUACUUUGCGCCAGCGAUUCGAUCCUGGUUUCUGAACUUUCCCAGUCAAAUACUGUUCAUUGAGAAGGACAUGCAACAUGCUCCAGAGACGCUCCAGCGAAUCACCGACUUUUUCGGCAUAAGGCCGUUUCCUCAACAUGUGCGGUUCACGCGCUACAACUCUCGUGGGGGAAAGCACUCUGGACUUUGCUCAGAUAGAAGGUUGCUGACGACCAUGAAGGCGUCCUUCGAGGCUGAGUACCAAGUACUACAGGAGAUCUUGGGCAAUGCAGCCAGCGAGCGGCUCAGAACGCGGCGCACCCGCUGUGAAGCUCCAGAUGGCUAUGACAAGGACACCUCUGGCUGGAAACAGAUUCUGUCAAUAUAUAAUAUAUAUAUAUAUUUAAAUAUAUAUAUUUAA